CAGCGGUGCGCGUAUACGUCCGCGAUGAACGGGUACGGCUCUCCGUACUUGUACGUGCACGGCGCUCCGGUGUCUCAGCCGCCGCGAGCGCCCCUCCAGCGGACCCCCAAGUGCGCCAGGUGCCGCAACCACGGCGUGCUGUCGUGGCUCAAGGGCCACAAGAGGUACUGCCGCUUCAAGGACUGCGCCUGCGACAAGUGCAUCCUCAUCAUCGAGAGGCAGAGGGUGAUGGCCGCGCAGGUGGCGCUACGCCGGCAGCAGGCCAACGAGAGCCUGGACAGCCUCAUCCCGGAGGCCCUCAGGGUCGUGCCCGCGGAGGGGGCCACGGCGGCGGCGGCGGCGGCGGCGGCGACCACCGGGGAGCCCGAAGCCAGAUGGAGGAUUGCGGAGGAAAGACGAGAUGGUCCAGAGGAUGGAAGCGGGGAGGUGUCCGGGGCUGAGACCGGAGGCAGCCCUGGUGAGCGGGACCACGAUCAGGUGAGCUCCCCGGAAGGUUCCAAACCAAACUCCUGCUACACCCCAGAACCCCCGGAUGGUCACUCGGAGGAGAAGGAGGCCAAAGCAGAGAGUCCCCAGAAGAGGCCCGCCAGUCCCGGGGCCCGGGGGAUGCUCAUUGAGGGUCUGGCCGGCUCCGUCAACCUGCCCCUCAGCCUCAGAGCCAACCGCCCUCCUCUGGAGGUCCUCAAGAAGAUCUUCCCUGGCCACAAGGCACCUGUUCUGGAGCUCAUCCUCCGGGGCUGCGGAGGGGACCUGGUUGGCGCCAUCGAGGUGCUGCUGGCCAGCCGGGGCCCCGACGGGGGCGCGCACCCGCACGCAGACCCGCACCCCGACCCCAUCGUGCUGCCGCCCGGCGCGCAGCCCUUCGAGCACGGCCUGGGCUCCUACCACCCGGUGACUUCCUCUGCCAAGUGGUCGGUGGGCUCCGCCUUCAGGGUGCCGGACUCGCUGCGCUUCACUUCCGAGUCGCCCUCGGUGGGCACCCUGGGGGUCCCCCUGCAGCACCCGCGCUACCCGCUAGUGCUUCGCAACUCCCUGGCCCGGGGCCCAGGCGGAGCACUGGUGCACAGCGAUGUGACCCUGUGGAACACCAUGGCCUUGCAGCAACAGUACCAACUACGCUCCGCCGCCGCCGCCCAAUACGUGUCGCCCUUUGGUCCAGCCUGCGCCCCCGGGGGAUCCGUCUUCCGGGGGGCCUCACUGCUACACCAGCACCACCCCAGAGUCACCGAGGAGCCCCGCGGUGGCAUCCAGGAGGGCGAGGGCUGCGGGCCCGGGGCCAAGGGGGGCCUGUACUCGCCCGACGAGGACUACGAGGAGCGUUCAGACUCGGCCGACUCGCGGAUCUUGAACUCGUCCGGCUAGAAUGCGUUUUGCUUUGAUUGGAUCGGAUCCAGACAAACAAUGAAGUGAGCGCCACUCAUGAAUGUACAAACCUUUACGUCUAC